AUGUAUGUCAUUAUGAGCAAUUAUUUCCAGAGUUCUUUAAUUAAUGAUCCUGCAGUUACCAUCUUCGUACUUUGGUAAUUAUAGUUUGAAAUAGUAAUAAUGAUAUUGUUAUUUACUCGUAUGCUACCAGAGAGAUUUAAAAUGCUUAAUGUUUCAAUAUUUCCAGUUGGAACAAGUGAGGCGCAGGGACAUUUUGACACUUUCCAUACAACUAAUCAAACAGCACUCCAUCAGCAUUUUAGCCUUUAUGCGAUAUUACUUUUCAGAGAAAAUAGAAUUAAAUAUUGCCUUUAUCAUUGGGUGAGUAAGGAAGCAGCCCUGCUGUAGACAUUCUGGUGUUUUGUUUAGAAAUAAAGCAAACAAUGAAAAAGAACAGAAUAACAUACUCAUAAGGUAAAGGGACCCCUGACCAUUAGGUCCAGUCGUGACCAACUCUGGGGUUGUGGCGCUCAUCUCGCUUUAUUGGCCGAGGGAGCCAGUGUACAGCUUCCGAGUCAUGUGGCCAGCAUGACUAAGCCGCUUCUGGAGAACCAGAGCAGCACAGGAAACGCCAUUUACCUUCCCGCCGGAGCGGUACCUAUUUACCUACUUGCACUUUGAUGUGCUUUCGAACUGCUAGGUUGGCAGGAGCAGGGACCGAGCAAUGGGAGCUCACCCCAUCACGGGGAUUCGAACCUCCGACCUUAUGAUCGGCAAGUCCUAGUCUCUGUGGUUUAACCCAUAGCGCCAGCUCUGUGGUAAAACAGCUGCUUUUUCCAUGUAGAAUAUUCCAGCCUCAGUCCCUGGCAUCUCAAGGUAGAGCUGUGAAUGUACACUGGAGAUCCACUGCCAGUUUUCAUAGACCACGCUGUCUUAGAUGGACUAACGGUUUGAUUUAGUAUAAGGCAACUUCAUAUGUCCUUUCAUUGCUGUGGUUAUAGGCAGUGCUGUUUUUCUAGAAAAAGAGGUGCCAGAACUCACCAUGAACACCUCUUAUUGUUAGUCAAAAUAUACCCAGUAGGGGACCCAAGACCUUCCUAGAAUGCCUCCACAUUCCAAGUAGGAAUUAUAGCAAUGCUGCAAACAUAUUGCGGUUUUAGUAUUGGAAAAUGUGACAUCCCAGCAACAAAAGGGGAUCUUUAAGAGAAUAUAUGCAAACUAGAAUAUAACACACACUGACAGGGCAGUUCACAAAAGUGUCCUGUGUCCUUGAAGUACCGGUAGUCUGUAUUCCAUAGACCAGAUAAGUGACCCCAGGCACAAGCAGCAUCUGAGUAGUCAGUGCAUGUACAGCACAGUACACAAGUUCUGUACCUACUCCUAGCACUUCCUUAUUCUCUAAACGUUAAAUGUUAGAUUAUUGUGAAAUGCUUAAGAAGAAAAUAACUCUUCAAACAUCACAGGGGGAUUUGAUUUCUCUCUCUCUCUCUCUCUCUCUCUCUCUCUCUCUCUCUGUCCUUUCUUCCAGAAGUUCUGAACCUUGUACGGUACUGCGUCAGUUCAUUCUGUAUUGGUUUCAGAAUGAGUCUGUAGUUCACUAGUGAGGUUUAAACACAAGUACUUUACAAUCAAUCGGUCAACCAGAUAUUUCCCGUGAAUGGUACCUUUUGCUAUUUAUGUUGCCACGUCACAAUACCCUCUUCAGGUGUUAAUAUAGCAAUCUUAUUCAACACAGGAGUGGAGACUCUUGGGAGUCAGGGCAUACCAAGUAACCCUGCCCCAAGCUUUUGCAUGAACAGUGUGACCAAAUGCAGUGUUGAAGCCUUUGCAAGUACCGGUGUAGAGUGAAAGCUUCCAGGUGACUUAGAAGCAGAUCAUAUAGAGUUCUGGUUUGUGUAGAAGUCUUUGUGUGUAUGGCUGUGCAUGUGAGGACUCCCUCACUAAAGAUGGUUGCACUAUUUCUUCAGAGGGUUGGGUCUGGGUUACUUAGUGUGUUUCUGCUCCUGUGUUCAAUAACAGUAAAGGAUUAACACUUUAGGAGGGCUAAUGGUGUGCAUAGUAUAUGCCUAUUUAUCAGAUAAUUGACUUCAGCAUUUAUUGUUAUGACAGCACCCUUGCUUUCUUUCAACCAAGUUCAUGUGUACUACAAAAAGAGAUUAAAUAUGACAUAUGGAAAGCAGUGAUGGACGAUUUGAACCUCACCAUUGAAGCACUCCCUACUAAGGUAAGCUCACAAAAUAGAUGUAAAGUAACAGUAUUCAAAACAGAAAUAUAAAUUGGGAGUGGUGAACCUGCGGGCCUGAACUGGCCCACUAAGCCACUGCAGGUUAGCCCACCAGCCCCUGGCAAAAAUCACACACUCCAUCACAAUGCUGAGCUGAUGACACAGCCCAGUGCUGCAAUUGAAAAAUCACCCCAUUGCCAUGCUGGGCUGAGAAAGAGGUGAUUUAAAUAAGUGUGUGCUGUUUGUGUGACAAAUGUUUAUUUGUGGAUGCUAACACCCUCUCCUGUGGAGGUUAAAGAAAUCAAAGCCAUGGUCAUGAACAGAAGGGAAUAAAAAAUAUUUGCCAGUAGGAAAAAGACCUGAGGACAUUUCAUUUUGUUUCUUUUCAACAUGAUUUUUUGAACACAUGCAUAUAAAGGCCAUAAGAGAGCAAGACACCACUCUUACUUUUAAACCCUAUUUAAAUUUCUUCCAAAACGCAAAAUUCAAAACACUGUUUUGAAGGAUAUGAAUAAUUCUAUGAAAACAAGGGUGUGGAUUAGAUAUUAAGUUGAAUAAAAAAGACAAGAAAUCAUUGGGAAACACAAAUAUUGUAGUAAAAUGUAUGCAAACAAGGCCACAAUGCAUUUUACAAAAUGUCCAUAGUGAACAGUGCACAAAUGGCUAAACUCAGUAUUUUAAAUGUUUCUACUUCUGACACAGUCAUUAAGUCAGAUCUUGCAGUUUAGAUUCCUCCCUCACUCUAAAUCAAAGAAAUGUAAUCUACAUACUAUUGCACUGUAUAUAAUACUUUCCAAAAUAAUUGCAUAAGCAUAUAAGGCUGCAAUCCUAUGGACACUUACCUAAGGGUAAGCUCCACGGAACAAAGUGAAAUAUAUUUCUGAAUAAAAAGGCAUAGGAUUGCAUUCAUUGUUAAUGCUAUGGGGUCAUGUCAAACACUUUGAUAAUUAAAGGACUGUAAAAAUUAAUUGCAAUUUGUUAUUUCCUUCCUCUCUUAACCGCAAGUGUUUGGUUAUCAGAAAAAGAUUCUUGGCAAAUUUUCCAGUAACACAUUUCUCAGACAAUCCACUUCUGCAUGAUUGAUUCCAACAUUUCCCCUUUGUCUUCUUCAAUUGUCCUUUCUCUGAAGACAUUUGAAUCUUUAAAGCUAUUUUAAUUUUUUUAAUGUCUACCAUUUGAAAUAAAGCACAAAAUAACUCUUUUCCUAAAAGCAUGAUUCAGAUAUGAUUCAGUUAGCACUGCAGGGCAGAUAUGCUAAAAGGCUGCCCACUUUCAGCUUUCUUCAACACCCGUUUGAGAAAUUGCAGAUUUACGGUUAAUUUUAGUGGCUGCCAAAUUGCACCCAUCAGAUGUUAAGACCUUCCCAAAAACCUCAGCAUUUAGGUUUCCAGUGAUUUCUAAUUUCACCUUUUGAGCAAUGACUUAGAUGGGAAGAAAUCUUAACAGUUUAUCGUCACUCAGUUCUGAAACUGUUGCUUACAAAGCUAUUACUUUUGUUUUUCAGAUUAAUGCCACUUUAUAUACUGCAGACUUAAAAGAUUUUGUGAGUACAUUUUGUAAUUCAAAUUGAUCUCAUAUAAAUACGUUGUAUACCACCUGCAAAAGACAAGUUCCUCGCCAUCUUGGGAGGAAAGGCAGCGUGUGGGGUGCUGCAGGGAUCUGUCUUGGGCCCAUUGUUGUUCAACAUAUUUAUAGAUGACUAGGAUGAAGGAAUUGAGGGGAUUCUCAUCAACUUUGCAGGUGACACCAGACAAGGAGAAGUAGCCAAUGCCACUAAGGACAGAACUGGGAUUCAAAAUGCCCUUAACAUCUUGAUAUAGUAUGGCUUUUCUUUAUGUUCUUAUGAACAGGGGCGAAGAAAGGCUAACCAGCACCUGGGGGCGCAAACCACACGGCAGCACAUGCGUGGUGCCACUACGUAUGGUGCAUGCGCAAUGCCAUUACGUACGGCGCACAAACAUGUGCCAUAUGUGGUGGCGUUGCGCACGCGCCACCGGGUAAUUUGCCGACGGCGCCACUCGAACGCCAUACGGACGGCGGUGGGAUCCUCCGCUCAUGGUGGUGGCGCGAUGGCGGCGGCUCGCGGCGCUGCGCCCCAGGGUGGCGGGGCGAGACCCCCUUGGGGUGCCUUCUUGUCAUCCCCUUCAGAGAUGGCACCUGGGGUGAACCACCCCCUUGCCCGCUUCCUCCGCCACUGCUUAUGAGGCAACUUACUGGCCAACAUCAAUUAUCAAUGGACAAUUUCACAUGAAAACAUUAUUUCUGAUACUUACUGGAAAUGACUGGCAACGGAAGAACUACCCUGAAAUUGUCUUAGUUUAGUUCUGAUUCAGAUUUAGCAAUUCUAAUGGUUUGAGGAUUUAUUUUUCACUAUAAUAUUCCCCACCUCAAAAUUAUAUUUUCUUAAUGUUAUUUAUAUUUUUAUCCCAUCCUUUCCCUCCAAAGUUCAGAGGGGUCCACAAGCUUCUCUCUAUUUCCCCACCUUCCCCAUUAUAUCUGAAGGAAAAACACUGUGGGUGUCAUUCAACUAAGUUUUACUCAGAGUAAACUUGAUGAACUUAAUCAUGUUCGUUCAUUUCAGUCAGCCUAGUCUGAGCAAAACUUUGUUGAAUACCACUCUGUGAAGUAGGCUGAGAGAGACUGGGCCAAAGUUGCCUAGAUGUGUAUCAGGAGCAAGGUUUUGCACCUGAAUCUCCCUGGUCUUAGUUUGGCCCUCUCAACACUAGUCACACAAAAUAUAUGUGUCUAUUGAUUUACUGUAAGUGUAGCUUUCUUUCAUGGUGGGCUUUCGAAGCAGUAAAACCAUACAGGUCUAUAGUCAAGCUUUAUUCCUUAAAUCAUUUUUACCCCACUCUUCAACAAAAAAAGGCUCUCAAAGCAGCUCCCAAAUCAAGGAUACAAGCAAUAAAAUGGCAAAUAUAUUUUACAAAUGACUCUUCUGCAUGUGCUUACAGAUGUAAUGUGUGAGGCAGUUAUAAUUAUUUGUCUGGCAGGAACUUGUGCAAUAAUAGUUAUUGAGGGGUGAGAGGGUCAUUUCUCCCCCUCCCCCCAUGAUCAUACUCUGAAUCAGGCAGGAUGCCCUGAAUUCAAGGGAAAGGCCAUGUCUGAAUGAGACUUGAGAAGUUUCAUAUUAUAAACCCAUUGAUUUUUCCUACUUUCCAGAAUGACUGUAAUUUAUCGGUGGUGAAAUGCUUUCAGCUUGAGAUGGAAGUAAUUUCGUACGAAUAUAAAUUUGAAAAUGAUACAAUGCUAUGGAACAAAGUAGAUAAAAUAAUCCACAAUGUUAAAUACCUUUUGGAAAAUGACAAACAGGUGAGUUUAACCUACGGGCAAAAUUGCAUGUCUGUUGCACUGUAGCCACAUUAAAGGAAUUCCUAACAGACUUUUCUCCCUUGCAAAGCAACUCAAGAUUUAGAUCAGAAAAUGGAGAGAAAGGAAUGAACUGUUGAAUCCUUGCCCUGUAGUUUCCCCCCAAUUUAUUCCUUUAGGCUUCCAAGUAGGGACAGGCAAAUUUGACAAUUUUGGUUUCUCGGAGUUUCUCACUUUUCUAGGCAUAAGUUCAUUUCUCCACAUUUCCUCAUCAAUUUGCAUUUAAAAACAGAGCAAAUUUCUCCUAAUCUGCACAUUUUUGUACACACAUUACAUGAAUAAAUGCAUUUUGUAUGCAUAACUUGGCUGGAGAACCACAUUGCAAAAAUUCAAAGGAUGGCUGUAUUUUGGUUUGUGUUUGGCUUCCAAAAGCUAAAAUCAGGUGUGUUUGUUUUUCAAUGCAAACUAAAUUGAAUUCCCCCCAACCCCUACUUCCAAGACUAUGUUUACAAGGAUGUGGUUUUCGGAUAGAAAUCCAUUGUUCCAUCCAGAUCCUCUCAAAUCUGUUGUAAGUUAUCCUGAUAAUAUUUUGCCAUUUCUACGUUCAUACCAGCCCAAGGAUCCCAGUCUAGAAUGUUCCUGUGGACGAGAAUUCGCUAGAAACCUUUAGUGUAGAAUAGGUGAAUUCAAGAUAUGUAGCGGAAAUGUACCCUUUGCAGAAAAGUUACAAGGAAUUGAAAAGGGGAGCUUGUGAAAGUGAAAUCCCUAGUUCUGUUCUGUGUGUGGAGAUGCAAGUUGAAUAGGGCCUGGCUUUUAGCCUAUUUAUACCUGUUGAGGAUCAGAGCUCAGUCAGCUUCUGCCUCCGUUUCACCCUUCCUCAUCAAAUGAGAAGGAAGGAAAAGAGGGUGGUUGCAGUUGGAAGUACUCUCCCAGCACCACUCUCAGUGCCCAUGCCCUCCAGCAUCCCACCUUGGAUGGAAAGCACAAUUCCUGCUGAGCAGGGAACAUUCUCCUUCAGUUGUACAUGCAAGACCUGCUGCUGCUGUCUCAACAUCUCAAGCAGGAAAAAGGCACUGCUUCCAUCAAGAAAGAAGGCCCCACCAGGGCAGACUUUUCCAUUGGUGUGAAUAGCACUCCACAAUCCUCCAGGAGAUCCCUUCUGCCCAGGGAAGUGGGGUGGCCUGGGAAGGGGAGACCCUGCUCAAGCACCUUCGGGGGCGGGGAUUUGCAUGCAUUCACUUCAGAUUUGCAGAAAUCUCUUAAGGCUACAUGCACAUGCUACUGGUUUAUGAGCAAAGCCCUGCUAACAGAAACUGCAGUCAUUCUAGAGAGCAGGAGGCAUAGUAUGCUGAAAUGUGGUCACAAGGAUGUUAGUGGCUGACUAGAAAUCCCAAACCAAGGACCUGCCAUAAGGAAGAAAAUUGUCUGUCAUGUCUCUCUUGUGUCUUACUUUCCUCUCAAUGUUUUUUUAACGAAUUGCUUUAACAAUGCUAACUUUUUUUAACCUUUCAUUUUUACAGGAAACGAAAACAUCCAAGUGGCAGCAGUGUGAAACAUUUGCAGAAAAAAACUGCACAGAUUUUUUAAAGAACUUCAAAACUAUGGCACAAAUGUGCUACACAGAGUUAAAUGCCAAAUGA